CCACAAGGGGGCGCAGGCUCUCCACGAAUAGAGCAGAUGGCCAUGUUGCUCUUAAAGAUAAGGAAACCAGGCUAAUUGGGGAUUUAACUUGGGGUUGUUUACAACUGGAUGUUUUUACGAAGGUGUUCCUCUUAACCACAACUUCAGAGCGUUAAAAGCCUUGAAAAUCCAUGUCCUCUCCUGAAAUAUCCUCCCUCUCCUGGGGCCUGAUGAAGGUGAAGGGAUGCUCCUCCAGCUACAAGGACUGUAAGGUCUGGCCUGGAGGCAGUCGGGCCUGGGACUGGAGGGAGACAGGGACUAAUCACUACCCCGGGGUGCAACCGGCUGAUGUGGAAGAAGUUCUGAAGAAGGGAAUAGAGCUGCUGGUCAUUGGAAGAGGCAUGAGUGAAGCUCUACAGGUCCCGUCUACCACUCUGGACUUUUUGAAGCAGAAAGGCAUUGAAGUCAAAGUUCUCCAGACUCAGAAGGCUGUGGAAGAAUACAACAGACUGGCUGCCGAAGGUGCCAAGGUGGGCGGCGUCUUCCAUUCGACCUGCUGAAGGGUCCUUCCCUCACCUCACCCAGCAGAUUCCUCCUUACUGUAGACAUAUGUGGUGAGGCUGAAACGCCAAACCUUGCUGUUUGAAUGAUCUUUAUUUUAGCUCCUCUGUAAACUUAGGAGAAAGCAGGAAAACAUGAAGCCCUGAAACCAUCUGGUGCUUCAGGCUUCUAAAAAGGAAAUCAUUUAUAACAACCAAUAGCAGCUCCAGUGUCUAAAUCAGGUCCUAUUUCUGUGUUUUAUUUAAAUAAGAGUUACAAUGUUUAAUAGAAAUUAAGAUUUGUGCCUUAGAUUGUCUUUGUGUUUUUAGAUGCAUUAAAAUAAUUCUAUGUUGAA